GAAUUCCUAGCCAUAAGUCCUUUCUCACGAUCUCGGGGAUAUUUUUUCCUUAGCUAGCAAGGAGCAAGCCUCAUCCCUUCAUUCCUGUGACAUUCACACACACACACAUAUUUUUGUGCCUUUUUUUCUUCUUUUGGACCCAACCCCCUGGUUCCUUCAAAGCUUCAAAGAGUCAUGCACCCACCCCUCAUCGCCCUCGCUACCCCACCCCACCGCACUCCGGAAAGCCUCCAUUCGCCUCCAUCUCCUCCUGCUGCAUCUGGGGGUGGAGGUGCUUGACUCAUAUACAUAUAUACAGGGUUGUGUAUUGUAUAUUUGCUUUCCCCCAGAAUGCCCGUGGACUUCCCUCUGUGGCGUGGCGGCUCCCUCUGUGGCAGCUCCCUCUGUGGCGUGGCAGGUUGAGGGGACCUCUUCCCCACCCGUUUAGCUGAUGAAGGAAUGGAUAGGAUGAGAAGGAGGGAGGGAGGGAGGAAAGAAAAGAAGAUUGGUAGGAGGGAAGGAAAGGAAAGGAAGAUAAAGGAAGGGGAAGGGAGGGAGCAAGGAGAGGAGAGGAGGAAAGGAAGAUGAAGGAAAGGGAAAAAAGAUAGAGGAAAGGAAAGGAAGAUAGAAGAAAGAAGAGGAAUAUAGAAGAAGAACAGGAAAGGAGAAAGGAAAAGAUAGGGAAGGGAAAGGAAGGAAGGGGAAGGGGGAGGGAGGGAGCAAGGAAAGGAGAGGAGAGGAGGAAAGGAAGAUAGAGGAAAAGAAAGGAAGAUAGAAGAAGGAAAGGAAGAUAGAGGAAAGGAAAGAAAAUAGAAGAAGAAAAGGGAAGGAGAAAGAAAAGGGGAGGGGAGGAGAGGAGAGGAGUGGAAUGGUAGGACAUAGCUGCCUCCCCAUAACCAGCUGGCCCCACCCGAUAGUCUGGGAUGGUCGGUGGGGCCCGCCGCAGAUUUCAUCCGCCAGCCCGCUUCACCCCCCAUUUCCCCUCUCCUCUCCUCCUUCCCCCCCACCCUCAUUUUCUCUCCUUGGUUUGGACUCCUUGGCUUCUCCCUGGCUUGAUUUUAUUUUUUCUCCCCCUCCCCGCCAGCCUAACCACUCCGGGCUCCAGGGCCUCUACCGCCUCCGCUUCCGCCGCCGUGAGCUCCGCGCGCCCGCGCCAGCACCAGAAAUCCAUGUCCGCCUCGGUGCACCCCUCCAAGCCCACGCUGCCCCCCACCGACAAUCACUGCGAGGCCCAGCGACCUAGCACGGCCCCCCAGCGGGCUCCCGUGGCCUCCCCUUCCGCCCACAACAUCAGCAGCGCCCUCCCCGAGCGCACCAACUUCCCGCGAGGCAUACAGAGCCGCAGCACUUUCCAUGCCGGGCAGCUCCGGCCGGUCCGUGACCAACCAAACCUCUCCUACGGCCUGACACCCGCCUCGCCUUCCGGCAACAGCCAAGGCCGAAGAGGAGCUUCGGGCAGCCUCUUCAGCAAGUUCACCUCCAAGUUCGUACGCAGAAAUCUGUCUUUCAGGUUUGCCAGAAGGAACCUGCAUGAGCCCGAAAACAAAGACCGCGUGGAGACCCUCAGGCCUCACAUGAUGGGUAGCGGCGGCGGGGGCGAGAAAGACCGGGACGAGAACCGGGACGCCAAGCCGCGGUCACUGCGUUUCACCUGGAGCAUGAAGACCACCAGCUCCAUGGAGCCCAACGAGAUGAUGAAAGAGAUUCGGAAGGUGCUGGACGCGAACAGUUGCCAGUGCGAGUUGCAGGAGAAAUACAUGCUUUUGUGCAUGCACGGGGCGCCGGGCCACGAAGCUUUCGUGCAGUGGGAGAUGGAAGUUUGCAAACUGCCCCGCCUCUCGCUCAACGGCGUCCGCUUCAAGCGGAUAUCGGGCACUUCCAUGGCCUUCAAGAACAUUGCCUCCAAAAUCGCCAACGAACUCAAGCUUUAACGGGGCCCAACCCCGGGGAGAAAGAGGGGGGUGGGAGGGGGGCGCCUGGCCUGCACACACGCGCGACCGGAGGUGGGAGCAUCAGGAGGAAGAGAGCCGCGACUUCGCUUUUGAGAGGGGUUAUGCAGGCAAAAGGGGGUGGGUAGGGCAAGAGGGAGGGAAGGUGGGGGGGUAUACCCCCCCCACUCACAUGCCUCUCCAUCUCCCCGCGCCCCCCCUCCCACUGAUGGAUCUCCAUGGAGACAGGGUGCGUGGGAUUGUGGUUGGCAGCCACCUAGCUGGUCUCCGUGGCAACAGGAACGGGAGGGUACCAAGGGCUGUCUGUCGGAUGAGGAAGCAUCCCUUUUGGUCUCCGUGGCGACCGUGGUACUUUUUCUUCCUCCUUUUUUUUUUUCUUCUUCCUUCCUUCCUUCUCCCCCUCCCCCCUUUUUUUCCCCUCCUUUCCUUCUUGUACACGAGACAGGGUUUGCCAUGCUACCAAACUGCAACAGAAAAGCAGGGACUCUUUCCCCCUCCCUGGUGAGCGGGGGGGGGGGGUCCUUUCCCCCACCCUGCCCACCUCCGGGUUUGCAACCCGGGUCGGCGGAGGAGGAUGGCAGCUGUGGCAGGAGGCGGUUGGGAUGGUGAGGUGUGGGGGCAGAGCAGCAGCCGGGGGCCCCUUCACUGGGGAAACGGGGGAGCCGAGGGUCGCGUGCCCGCCAGCCAACAAUGGAAGCCAAGUGCCUCCUUGCUGCCCUGCCAAGGGACACUUCCUGGUCCCUGCAGAUGACACAACCCCCACCUCAACACACACACACACACUGCAAACAAAGACCCGGCAAUCCUCCCAAGGUUUUUUUGUUUCUUCCUUGCUAAUUGAGGGGAGCCGCCGUUGGGGUUGAACGGAGGGAGGGUUGGGGGUUGGUGGCUGUCCCGAGAUCCGCACAGCAACCUGAUCCGUCACUCCUUUGUCCCCCCUCCCCAUGUCCCCUCCCCUUUAUACAGGCAUGGCGGUAAGAGGGCCACUCUGGGCUGGUCAGCAGCGCCCUGUUUACACACACAACGUCACAAUGGAGUCCUGUUUCCUGUCUUGAAUGCUGCACAACCCCACUCUGGGGUUUUUUAGCCUUCUGUUCCCCCACCCCCCUCCCCCUUCCCGGCAUGUCUUUCCCGUGGGCCCAAACAUGGCGGGAGGGGUGUGGGUGGGGGCGCCAGAAGCUGGCUAUGGAACAAGCCUGCUGGGGGUUGGGGGCCCACAGCCGAGGGGGUUUUCACACACACACACCCCAAUUUUCUCGGGCAAAAAGCCUUUGGGUGUUCAGGAUGGGUUGAAAAGCUUUGGGCCUGCUGUUUUUUUUAUCCCCUGGUCACAGGUACGCUGCCCCCCCCCCAACCCGGCUUUCUGGAGAGCUCGGGUUGCCGUCUACUGAAAACUGUGGGGAUGGGGGACCCAUGGCUUCUGUUCCCCCUGCCCCCUCCCCCCAAUUUUUAUUUCCCUUUCCAAAGCACAAGAGCAAAAGGAGAGAAAAAAAAAAAAGACGGAGACUUCUCUUCGGUGGGGGGCCUCGCUCUCUCUGGGUUUCUUUUCGUUGUCACAUUGCCCCCUCCCCUCCCUCUUGAGAAUGUAUUUUUGGUCCUGGGGAGGGGGCUUUGCAGCCCUUCACCUUCUCUGACACACACACACACACACACACCUGGUUUGUAUAUAACUGUACUGAUACCUCGGUUUUUUGUGAGUGGUUAUAAUUUUUUUUUUUUUUUUUGGUUUCGUUUUAAUUUCUCAUCACAACAUUGCCUUUUUUUAAAAAAAAGAAAGAAGAUCAUGUCCUUUUGGGGAGGGGGGGUCAUUCUCUUCCCCUCCCAUCCUUCCCCUCUCUCUUUUUUCUUUCUUUCUUUCUCUUUCUCUCUCUCUCUCAAGGAUGCUGCCGUUUGAUGUAGUUUUACAGGUUCUAGAUUAAAACUUUCCAGAAAGCA